UUGAUUUUCAGCAUGUAUUACGACGUUAGAUACAGUCAGAAUAAAUGUGCUAAUAAUAUAAUAUGUAUUCUGUUGUAAUGUUACAUAAACUAACGUUAUAUCUUUGCAACUGUUCAGCUCACAGAAUAAAUGUUUCCAACGAUAAUUUACAAAUUCUGUGAGGACAUUUAUUUGAUCGCCAGCAUUGCAUUUUUUUUAAGUCACAUAACCUUAGAUGGCGCUAUGGGCUUAGCCAUGGUUAAAAUCUGCACAACGAAGGAAUAAAACGCGCGCUAAAUUGUUUAUCGAACCUUUCUUAAUGUUAUGGUUAUAUGUUAUUAAUGUUAGGCACAGAAUUAGCCGACAUGAUCAGAUGUUUGUAAGGAGUGGCAGUGUUUAAACGCUGUAUAUUAGAAAAAUAACGAAAAUGUGCUUUAAUCUUGACAAUGAAACUGGGUGUAGCAAUGUAAUUGACAUUGUCGCUGUUUUAAAUUUUCAAUUUUAGGCAACUUCGAACAGAAACUGUAUGGCAUCACUAGAUGAAAAGUGACUAUCAUGCUGGUUAAGGUGAAACUUGGGGAUGCCCAAAAAUUUGUCAAGAUAACUGAGCUGAGCCUGGCGGAUUUUUUGACUGCUGCAUUUUUAAAGUUUGGUGUUCCAUCUGUACCCGAGAAUGUGAAGGUUUUUGAUGAAUCAGGGACUGAGGUGGAUGAUGAUGUUUUUGAGGAUGUAGUCAGAGAUCCCUCAGUUGGAGUUCUUACAAUAAAACAUGGUGCAGACUUGGGUUCUGCCUCUCCACAAGCCUCUCAUGGGCAGUCAAAUCAGUCCCUGUCUUCUUCCAUUGACUCCAGUGAUUCACAGGACACAGUCAUUAUUGAAGAAAGCUCCUCCAGUAAACGAAUGAGGUUAGACGAUGAAGCUAAAAAGUUGGUGGAAACAAUUCUUGUCCAGAAACCUGGUGGGGAGCAUAUAAUAAAUGAAUACAACCGAACUAAGUCUCUGGGGGACGAAACAAGGAGGAAAAUGGUUAACAUCUUAACAGCUGACAUGACAGAAAAGAAUGGUACAUCACCACCAAGGCAGGUGAAAGAAAAAUACGCCAGAGGAAUUGUGGCUUUGUUCCCUUACCUGAGUGACCCCUUUUCUAAAAAUGGCUACGAACAUUAUUAUGAUGGCGAAAGCGGGACUGGGUACUUAGCAUGGAGAAUCAAAACUAUACAGAGAGGCUUAGCUAAGGAAAGACGUGCGUCAUUUGAAGGACAAGGAACUUCUGCUGAAGCGGGGUCUGGUGGACCAACUAUAAGACGGCAGUCAGAGUUUAAUCCACAGACCACCCUGAGUGAGGAUGAAUGCAAGGAAGCAAUUGCAUUUAUGAGCCAUUCUUCUGAUGAGGACGCCAUCAAGAAGAAAAUGAAAUUGACGUUCGACUAUCGCCGCAACAUGGUUCUUGACCCCAUGCAGUCAAGUGAUACAUUGACAGUCUUUCCACGAUUCAAAGACAUUAAAGGCUUGAUUGAGCAAGACUUUGUUCUAAUGUUUGGAGAAGGAGUGUCAGGCAAGCUACUGGAGAAGUGGACGACUGCAUUCAAGAAAAAAGUGAUUCAGCAGUGCAAAAAGCUUCCAAGCACCAGUGAUUUGGAAGAACUACUGCUGGCAGCUGAAUCUCCUACUGGUGACUCAGAAGAGGGUGUUAACUUAGGUUGGGACAGCGACCUCUCUUCUAUAAUACUUCUGUUGCAUCUGAUCCCACCUUCUGCCCAAGGCCGGAAAAGACCAGGAAAGGUGUCUGCCUCUCAAGCAGAAAAACACCUUGUUGUCUUCAAGAAGAGUGGAACAAACAUUGAGGAGCAUCUUCGAGAAAUUACAUCUGUUGCUCAGCCCUACCUCCUGGCCGUGGGAUCUCAGAAGAAUUCAAUUCACCAGUACUUCAUCAUUCUUGAUCGGCAUGCCAUUCCAUGCAAGUCAACCUCUUCUCUUGGUGCCAUUGACGAGCUGUUUAAGGCACACUUUGUUUUUGGCACCUCUUACAACAUUAUGCUACACAACAUGUACACUUUCAUUCAGACCACUGUGUACAACAUAGAUGUUGGCAAAGUGAAGGAGAGUCCUCGUGUUGCUGAGGUCAGAGCACGGCUUCUUAGCUAGGUGCUAAGUUUAAGUAGCUAAGUUUUUCUGCCCUCAUGAAGUGUUUUGUUUGUCAGGCUGAGUUAUGUGGUUCAAAAUUGCUUUUUAGGCACUUCAG